GCAAACAACUUUGGAAACAAUAGCAACGAUAACAAUAAUAACACGAGAGAUAAAACAACAAACACAAAAUGGGGCUAGAGAAGAAUCUGUAUACCUGGGGAUUAAACGAAACAGCGCGGCGGGGGGAAGUGGCGACAUGUGCGACGGAGUCAGGGAGUUGACAAAAACUUAUUUAAGCCCGCAGCUGAGCGAAAUCAGAUUCAAACGAAUCGGAAACGUUGCGGUUGUCGUUUGUUUUUGGCGUCGUCGUCGUCGUCUAUUCGCUGCCCAGUUGUAGUUGCCGUGACGAGCUUCUGGAGCCGCUAAUAGUCACCGCUCGUGGCUGCCCACUAAGGGGGAACGGAAUUUUUAGAGAAUCAUCUGAUAUACUAGUUGUACACAAUACAAAUGUUGGACUUUUUAUGAACAAGUGCUGUGCGGCAUACCUGUGUUUGGCACAUAGAGUUGCUAUUGCAAAUCGGAAUCGGUAUAUAAGCGAACAGACUUUGAGAACUUCACUGAAAUUGUAGACUGAAUAGUCGGAGUGAAAAUACAUAAACAAAGCGCCGGCUUCGAGUUCUAAAUCAAUUCAAAUUACUGAGCAAGAUUGCACUUUAAAAAUAUUACGUAUACGUCGGUGGAAUGGAUGUGUGAAUAGUUGUUAUCGAAAAUUGGCAUUGUUUGAGGUCGCCCGAAACUAAUUAAAAUACCUAUAAUGCAAUUACCUGAAUUGAAUAAUUAAUCCAAAUAGUGAAACCAAAGAGACAAAUAGUAAUAAAACAAAUAUAGGCGCAUUGAACUUGCGCCUUGAUCAAAUAUUUGAAGUAAACGUAAUAAACACACACAUUGAUAAGUAAUUGCAAAUUUAGUGUGCUGCUGACCAAAAUCAACAAAAACCAAACAAGUCAAUAUGGUCGAGAAGGUCGCACACACCUUCAGUCUGCAACGACUGCGAACUGUCCAAUGGAACCGAAUUUUCCACAUGUUCUACAUUGAACCGGUUGUGUUUAUGCUGCUCUUCUCGCUGACCCUGUCUAAUACAAUUAUGAGGAAUCAGGUUAUAUACCAGACGUGCACAGUGAUUUUUCAUUACAACGUCAGUGACUGCAAAUUGCUUGACGAUAAAAAUGCCAGCACCGAGAUUAAAGCGAUUGAAACGGAACUGCAACCCUAUGUGGCGAAUCUAUUUUUAUCACGCACACUGCUCGAAAGCAUUGUGCCUGCCUUCUGUGGGCUGUUCAUUGGUUCCUGGUCGGAUCACUAUGGACGCAAGCCAUUGCUCAUCGUAUCGAUGAUAGGCUUUGCCGCUUCGUUUCUAGUCACUGCCGCCAUAUGUGAGCUCUCCAGUUACUAUGUGAUCAAUCCCUGGUGGUAUAUUGCAGCAGCUGUGCCGCAUUCCAUGCUCGGCGGCAAUUGUGUGUUCUCCGUCGCCGCGCUCUGCUUCAUAUCGGAUAUAACUGAUACCAAGACUAGACCUUAUCGCAUGAUCUUCAUGGAGUCGCUGUUCUUCAUUGGAUUGACAAGCGGUUCGCUGUUGUCCAGUUUUGUGUAUGCUGCAACAAAUGCAUCGAUCACCAUUGGCAUCUCCGGCUGCAUAACGACAGUGGGCACACUCUUUGUUAUCUUCGUUGUGCCUGAAAGUCUGCACAUACGACUGGAGCAGGAGGCCAAAGAGGCGAGUGAAGCUGCUGCCAAGAAGGAAAAGGAAAUGCCGAUCACAGGCGCUGACUUGCAAUUGGAUUGUGUGUCCAUCGAUUGUCCGCCAAAUCUUAUGAAUGACACUGAUGAUGAGGAUGCUGCGUCCAUGAAGAAGAAGCCGCAUGUUGAUGUGUUGCCUACACCAGCGACUCCCGCCAUGACCAUCGAUGAGGAUUUGCUGGCAAAGUAUGUGGAACGACUGCCGCCCAAGGUUUUGGCCCAGGCCAGAGCACAGGAAAAGGCGAUGUCACAAUCGCCGUCGCAAACGCAGACGCAGUGCAAACCGAACCCGGAUGAAAAGCGAGCUGGAUUGUUUAGCUUCAAACACAUUCGUGAUAUGGUUAACACCUGUAUUAAGCCUCGCGAAAAUCACGCGCGUGCUAUUAUUUGGCUGGUCACAUGUGCCAUGUGUCUGUCCAUCUUUGUGUUCGAUGGCGUCAUGACUGUGAUGUAUUUGUUUGUGCGCGAAAAGUUCCAUUGGUCUGUGCGGGAUUACACGUUCUACGAGACGGUGGCGCAUCUGGUGCCCAUGAUAGGUGCUCUCAUUGGUUUUCUUAUUCUUCGCAAGGUCUUCCGCGUGUCCGUGGUUACAUUGGGACUGCUCGCCUUCUUCUCCGAGAUACUCAAUCAUCUGGCCAGAGGUUUAUCCACCCAGCCUUGGCACAUGUAUCUUUCGGUUGUCCUGGGCUUCUUCCGCUCCAUUGGCGGUCCCAUGUGUCGUACGAUUGUGUCCAACAUUGUGCCAGCCUCAGAUCUGGGCAAAAUAUUCUCAAUUAAAAAUGUGCUACAAUCGUUUGCGCCGUUCGUCGCCGCUCCGCUUUACACACUGAUAUACAAGAGCACACUUUCCUACUAUCCGGGACUCUUCAACUUUGUCAGCGCUGCGUUGUAUGUGGUCGCAUUUGUGUUCAUGUGCUGUGUGCUGCGCAUCAAGUUUAUGCAUAAACAAUAUUACGCCAAGGUGUUAAAAUAAACAAUCAAUUUCCACUUCCAUGUAGCUCGAUUAGUUUAUCACUAAUAAUUAUUUAUAAUUAAUUUUAUGUAAAUGUGAUGGCGCUUGAUGCGCUAAUUCUGUAAUAAGCGAAAAUAAAACUUCACAAGUACAACGAAUUUA